UAAAAGAGGCGUCUUCAGCAUGGAGUAGGUAAGAGGAAGUGACUUUGCAACAGAGACUAUACACAGAUGUUGGGUGUAUCUUCUCUAUUUCUUCUUCUUCUUCUAACUUUAUCAGUAGUUGGUUUUUCCCAACAUACCCCUAAACUUAGCAGAGAUGAUUUCCCACCAGGCUUUAUUUUGGGUGCUGGAACCUCAGCUUUUCAGGUUGAAGGUGCAGUAGCUGAGGAUGGAAGGAGUCCGAGCGUUUGGGACGCUUAUACUCAAGCAGGGAAAAUGAUGGACAAGAGCAAUGCAGACGUAACUUCGGACCAAUACCACAAAUAUAAGGAAGAUGUGAAGCUCAUGAGCAAGAUGGGUCUAGAUGCCUACAGAUUUUCCAUCUCCUGGUCAAGGCUCCUCCCACAUGGGAGAGGAGCCGUUAAUCCGAAAGGCAUCCAGUACUACAAUAAUCUCAUCGACGAACUGAUCAGCCACGGAAUUCAACCACAUGUUACCAUCCACCAUUUGGAUCUCCCUCAAAUACUUGAAGAUGAAUAUGGAGGAUGGCUCAGCCCAAAAAUAGUGGAAGAUUUUACAGCCUAUGCAGAUGUAUGCUUUAGAGAAUUUGGUGAUAGGGUGGCCCACUGGACCACCCUAAAUGAACCCAACGCCGUAGCCGUUGUAUCUUACGACAUGGGCUUCCUUCCACCUCAGCGAUGCUCCUACCCAUUUGGCUUCAACUGCACAGUUGGCAACUCCUCCGUGGAGCCGUACAUUGUGGUCCACCAUGCCUUGUUGGCACAUGCAUCAGCUGCCACGUUGUAUAGACAAAAAUACCAAGCCAAGCAAAAGGGUUUGAUAGGCUUGAAUGUAUAUAGUUACUGGUUUAUCCCUCUUACAAACUCCACAGCAGACGUUAACGCAGCACAAAGAGCCCUCGAUUUCUCCAAUGGGUGGAUUGUCCACCCGGUGGUGUACGGAGACUAUCCAGAGAUCAUGAAGAAGAAUGCAGGAUCAAGGAUCCCAUCUUUCACCAGAUCUGAAUCAGAACAGGUGAAGGGCUCGAUCGACUUCCUUGGUGUGAACCAUUACACAACGGCCUACAUACAGGACGACUCUAACGGCCCGAAAAGCAACGUGCGAGACUUCAAUGCGGAUAUGUUUGCUAAAUUCCAAUUUUCAAAAGAUGAUUCACCGAGUGGUCAGAUCCUGCCAAUCAAGAUGCCAGUCGUUCCGUCUGGCUUGCAAAGCUUGCUAGAAUACUACAAAAAUGACUACGGCAAUCUACCAAUCUAUGUCCAAGAAAAUGGUUUUGGUGGGCCCCAAAAUGAGUCACUCAACGACACGGCCCGAGCGGAGUAUAUAAGUGGAUACCUUAAUGCAACGCUAAGCGCGAUCAGGAACGGAUCAAACACCAAAGGAUACUUUGUGUGGUCAUUCCUAGAUGUUUUUGAAUUCUUGGCUGGAUAUGUGCAGAGGUAUGGGCUUUAUCAUGUGGAUUUUAAGGAUAAGACCCGUUCAAGACAGCCCAAAUUCUCAGCCCAUUGGUAUGCGGAUUUGCUCAAGAAAAGCCAGGAAAUGAAGAUAGAGAUGGCCACCCAGCAAGCAAUGGCCCAUCCUACCCAGUAGUUUUUUUUUUUUUUUAUUUUUUUUUUUGAGGAUUGGUGUCAUACUCUGGUAGAGUGUGAUGGAUGAUACACGAGUACUUAGAUAUUGCAUAUAUAUGUGGCAUGCAUGUAACUCAAAUCGAUUCCUCAAAAAUCGUGGUUUUGAGUUUAG